UGAUAAACGUACGUCCUAUGGACGUCUUUUGUAAAAAAAAUGGACAUAAAACGGACGUCCGGUGGACAUCUGGGCAGAUUGCAGCGUUGGAUCAUAUUUGUUAUUAAGCAGAAACAAAAUCGAUAAGUCACAUCCAGGUUGCUGCGGUGAAGACAAACAGGCAGAAUGACAUAUCGAAUAGCGCGCUGCUACUAUCAAGAACAUGGCAACAUGUCACAUGACUUCAGACACUAACAUCAAAGACUCCGACACGGAGUGUCGCUACUGGUUAUACAUGUACUGUGACUGUAGUCGAUUGAGGAUUAGCUUAUUUUUAUUGUCGGUUCGGAAAAGUGUUGGUAUAUAUGGCUCUCUGAUUUUAUUAUGUGAAUUAUUCUAGUUUUUCUGUUUGUAUUUACAUGUUGCUUUAUGUCAUAUAAUGACGGAACAUUAUCGAAAAUUGGUUAAGUUGAUAAGAAGACAAGAAGAGAAAAAAUAUUGGAUGUUUAACAAUGUGAAAGGGCUUGCAGAAAAUGUUUCAGAAAGAACACAGAACAAAUUCUUCAAUGGACAAAAUAUUAUCAUUGAAAAAUAUAAUUUCUUGAUAAAGAAGCUAAAUAACCAGACUAAUAUCAUACAAGAUUUGAAUGUCAAGCCAUUAGAACCAAGUACAUUGUUGCCAAAAAGGGUAGUUAAGUGGUGGGGAUGGUAUCAUCAAUUGACAGGACUGGAUACUGUUGAAGCAGCUAAACAACAAGUAAUUGUACUUCAAGAUAAAUUAUUCGAGUGCCACGAUAAUAGGAGAUUAUUAAAUAAACAAAUGACUGAUAUUACACUUAAAUUGCAAGAAGUUUAUGGUGAAUUAAUACAGACUAAGCGGGAUGAUCCGAAAUAUGUGCAUUUAACUAUAGUAGAAAAUAAAAAUUUGCAAGAACAAAAUAAAAUCAUCAAUACACUUGCAUUGUUAGAAAAAGAAGAAAAAGAUAAAUUUACACAAUUAGCAACAGCUAUUAAAGAAUAUCAUGAUAACCAAAAUAUGAGUGCACAAAAAUAUAAAUAUCUAUCCAUUAUUGCAUCUGUGGUAGUAGCAAUGGUAUCCUUGAUUGGUUCAAUAAUAAUUAAUAAUCAGAAGAUAUACAGUAUAAAAAAUGCUAUAUAUGAAUCACAAGGAGAAAAUAAAUCUUUAAUUUAUGUAAACACGAAUCAAUUAACUGAUCUCCAAAACAAAUUCCAUUCAUUUGAAACAAAGUUUUUGCAAAAUAUACAUACAAAUAAGGAAAAAGAGAUUAAUAAAGAAAAUAAUACAUCUAAUAUUUUGACUAGUGCUAAGCAUGUAGCACACCUAGUGAUUUCAGGAACAAGUUAUAUCAUAAGUGGAACUUACACAUGUGGAUUAUAUGUUAUAAGAAUUUUUACAGGAUAAAAAACAAAUAUAUCUUUUUUUAUAGGUAUUAUUAAAAAUGUAUAAUUUUGCAUAUAAUUAACUGUAGGCAAGUUCUGACUUCUUUGUUUAAUGUAUAUUAUACAGUAUGUAAUUUUUACACAAAUUUAUUCGUUGUUAAAUACCCUAUUCUAGCAUAAAUAACAACUGUUAUGGAUUGUUGUUAUGUGUAUUAUUUAUAAUCAUUUGAAAUAUGAUUAAUAAUGAAACUCAAUUGCAAAUAAUCAUGUGUUGCGUAAAAUAAAGAUUUUUUCUUUUCCUUAAUAAAAUAAAAAAGCUUGAACUUACCGAAUAUCCACUGGAAUCCAUUGUUGGAUCUACAUUCAAUAACAUCAAUAUAUUCAAUUGACUUCAA